GUGAUUCACGAAAAAUCAUGAAUGAUUCAGGUUUAAAAAUGUAUUAAUGACGCACUGUAUGAUAUGAUAUGGGUUUUGAAAACGUUACGGACUGCAGCUGUAAUGUAUUAAAGAUGAACAAUUUCAGAGUCAUUAUCUGUGUCGGAGUCCAUUUUUAAUUCAUACAAUAAACAUUUGAACAGACCGAGGUUGUUACACUCAAACUUGACGCACUUAUGUAACCGUAAAUAACGAAACUCUAAAGGUGAAUAUAUUAUAUUUUGUACGAACUAGCAACACGAAACAUGCUAAAGCUCCAGAGGCAUUAAGUAAAUGUAAAACGAUCUUUAAUAGUGACCAUCUAAACACUAAUGGGAGAUAUAGAAAAUACGCAGUUUAAUAAGCAGUUGAACUGAUAGCAAAACAAAAGGAUGUGUCUUAAUAUGUUUUAACGUAUUAUUGGUUAAAAAUAAAAGUUUUAAAAUCGCUAUUUAUACAAUUACGCCUACUUAAUUGAAAACUAAAUGCGAUGUCACAUAAAAAUGUAACGGCGGAUCCUUCUCACGCGUUAACCGGAAAGCAUCGCCACCUUGUCUGGUUUUGACGGACUGAAAUGUGGCCUUUUCCUUGUUCCGUUUACCUUGUUUCCGUUUUAACAUUCUGCGGCUCUUAAAAACUCCGACUGCCCCGUUACCACAGCAACUACAGCAUCCCAGGUGCAAUGCUUCUGCUGAAACUCGGAGCACCUGUAUCAGACAUUAGUUUGCAGUUUCACAACUCCCUCGUGACCAAGCAUGAACGAAGUGGGCGUCUGAGAGUUGCACAACCUUCUGUCCGAUUCCAAAGGAUAUUGCUUAUUCAACGAUUUAGCCUACUAUAAGCAUUAUUCAGAUAUGAUCAACAAUUAAUUGAACGCAUGACUGCACUGCAGGACCUUGCAGGGAUUUAUUGACUUCUUAAUGAGUCGCUGUAAAUAUAUUUUUCUUUUAACUCAAUGCACAAGAUCAUGCAUGCAUGGAAGGUCACACGCGGUUGCUAAAAUAAGUUAGUGAAGACCAGGGUUAGUUUUUAUUUAUAUACUCUAUAUUGUUUUUUUUUUUUUGUAACAACACAAAACUCUUGGACUGGAAUGCGAUAAGCUGUAUAUAAAAUAAACGCACCGACAUCACAGCCGACUCUUCAGUGCCAUAGGCUAGAAAAUUUCAUUAAAGUGGGGGUGGUGGGGUCUAGUUGUGGUUUCACAUCGGUCGUGACGUAAGCAACCCACGAACUCACGAGCUCAGACACUGCGUGUCCCACCGCGAGCUCAAAACAGACGCAGCGCGCGCUCCGAGCUGCAGCACGCGGAACCGAGCUCCACUCUGCUGCUCGAGACUGCAAAGACGAGAGCCGUUCCGGAUAACACCAAGAGCAAAAAAAAAAACAUCUGCGUGCACCAUGAAGUUUGUGGCUUUGGUCUGCUUGGUUGUUUUCUUCGCUGCAGAUGGAGAGUCCAUGCCAGUUGAGCAGGACAGCCGAAGAGAGGACCUGGUUACCCAGUGUUUAGUUCACAUCCUUUCAAAGGCACUGUAUAAAACAGAUGACACUCCGCUGCAUCCAGAAUGCAAAAACAUCCUAACACCAGGACCAGGUCAUUCCUCAGUUGUGAAAAAGGAGGAAGACAAGCUAGAACCAGCUCAAGAUGAGCUUAAAAAGGCAAGAGGAGAGUCUAAAGUCAAUGAGGAGAAACUCAUUGAUGAUCUUCUUAGAGACAACAAACGGGAAGAGCUGGACGACGAACGUAGCCAGGAAGAGUUCCCAAAUUUAAUGAAACGAAGAAUCCAAGAAAAACGUGAUGAACUGGAUGACGAACGAAGCCAAGAAGAGUUCCCAAGUUUUAUGAAAAGAAGAAUGAAAGAAAAACGCGACGAACAGGAUGACGAACGAAGCCAGGAAGAGUUCCCAAGUUUUAUAAAAAGAAGAAUGAAAGAAAAACGUGACGAACAGGAUGACGAACGAAGCCAGGAAGAGUUCCCAAGUUUUAUGAAAAGAAGAACGAAAGAAAAACGCUACGAACAGGACGACGAACGAAGCCAGGAAGAGUUCCCAAGUUUUAUGAAAAGAAGAAUGAAAGAAAAACGCUACGAACAGGAUGACGAACGAAGCCAGGAAGAGUUCCCAAGUUUUAUGAAAAGAAGAACGAAAGAAAAACGUGACGAACAGGAUGAUGAACGGAGUCAGGAAGAAUUCCCAAGUUUCUAUAAAAGAGGCAACAAGCAUAAAAGAGAAGAUCCAAAUGAUGAGAGAAGCCAAGAGGAAUUUCCCCAGAAAAGACAUUUUUCCAUCCUUUACAAGCGUGACAAUCCCGAUGAGGAACGCAGCCAGGAGGAAUUCCCUCUUUAUGAUUAUAAAAGGAGUCAUCAUCUGACCAGCAGAGAAAAACGUGAGGAACUGGACUAUGACAGAAGCCAAGAAGAUUUCCCAAGUUACACACACAAAAGAAAUCACGGGGCUUUUGGAGAAGAAGAGGAUGAGGAGAGUGAGGAAAGAGAGAAGAGAAUCUGGAAGCCAUCGCAUAGAUACCACCACAAGAAAAAGCACCACAAACGCAGUGAGAAUGAGGAUUUUGAAGAACCAGAUUACGAGAGAAGUCAAGAAGACUUCCCAAGCUACUCCCACAAAAGGAGUCAUGGGGAUGGUGGGCACUACAAACCAAACAAAGACCUGCUGAACGAGCAACUUAAUGAGGAGUUAAACUCUCAGGAAGAGAAGUCUGAAGAAUCAGAAGUGGGAGACGAGGAUAUCGCAAAGCGAUACUGGAAACCCACCCAUAGAUACCACCAUAAGAAGCACCACAAACGGGACUCGUCCGAUGAGGAUUAUGAGCAAAGACCCCUGGAUAAAAAGUAUGAAGACUCAGAAGAGAGCGAGGAAAUGGAUAAAAGAAUCUGGAGGCCUACACACAGAUAUCACCAUAAGAAGCUUCAUCACAAGCGUGGAGACUCCACAGAGCUCGAGGAUGAAGAUGAACCCAUCUCGGAGAAGACUCACAGUCUCCAUGACUUAACAGACAAUGCCUUCAAACACCUUUCACCUGAAGAAGAGGAGAUUGUCCAUGAGCUUAAUGAAAAGAGGCAUCCCUUAACCAGCCAAGAGGAGGAAGACGAACUCAAGAAAGGACACCAGAGUUCUGCAGAGGAAAAGCAGGACAGAGAGGCUGCGUUGAGGUACCUAACAAAAAAGAAGAAUGAGUUAGAGGAACGUCUACUUAACAAAGGUGACGUCUAUGAGAAGCGUUCCCCAUGGAUUUACAGAGGAUACUACCAUCCAGCCUGGUAUAAGAGAGGUCAUAAAGCAGAUGAAAGUACUGACCAGCAGCCCUACCAUAAACUAGAAGACUUUGCUGAGACUCUCCGGUACAAAAGAGGCCUGCUUACUCAAGAGGAGUCACCUGAGGAGGAAAAGGGUGUCCCCCAACAAAAGCUUCUCACACCAGGAGAGUUAAAAGAACUUGAGACACUGGCCUCUGUGGAUCAACAGAUGAAAGAGACAACUUAACCUCUCCUAGAACCAUCCGAGACGUCAUUUUCUUGCACUGCCCGAUUUGAUUUUUCCAUCAGCUUUGUUUGUGCUUUGGCUGCUUUAUUAGAUGAAUGCAUGACUAUAUGUCGUACCUGCAUUCGAAUUUUGUUGUUGGUGUUUAAUGUGAGAGUCUGAGAAACAAAAUGGUUCAUAAAAAGGCAAAAUAAGCUUGAUAAUACAAUGCGAAACAUUUCUCUCUUUAUUACAUCCUAAGGUAAAACAAAAAAAAAAAAAAAAAAACAAAAAUGCCCAUGUACUAUCGACUGCAAAUCUGAAUGCGUUUAAGAGCAUGCUACUUUACAACUGUGAAAAAUACAGUAUGUUUGAAAAUUGCUGUUGUUCUUUAUGGCUUUCCAUGGAUUCUCUGCAUUGUUUACGUUUAAUAAAAAUGUGUAAUUAUGGGACCAAAGCUUA